CUCCUUUGUGAUUGGUCGCGGGGCCGGGAGCGGAGAGGGGGAGACCGAAGGCACUGACGCAACCCGGCCAGAGCGCGAUCGCCCCGGACGACACCACCUGCUUCUCCCCGUUUCCACCGAGCUUUGCGAAAAUCAUGGACUUCUACAAAAAUCUGACCGUUUCAGACUGGGCCUCCCUUAUUCCCUUUGGUAUUGCGUGUGCUGCAGUUGGCUUUGGGGUGAAGACCGUCGUGGAUAAAAAGAUUGGUAGUCCUUGCAAUCCCAGUAUCAGGAAAGGAGAGUCCAAGGUUGUUGAUACCGUGGACAUCGAAGAUCUUGGCAAUAAAGCUGUCUUCUGCCGUUGCUGGCGCAGUAGCAAGUUCCCAUAUUGUGACGGCACCCACAAUGGACAUAAUGUUGCCUGUGGGGACAAUGUAGGACCCCUCAUCGUUAAGAAGAAGGAUUAAAGGAGCAAAUAGAAGUCUAUAGUGAGCACAUUAGAACCAUCUCCCUGGCACAGUGAGCUAUAAAGACAUAGCAGCCUGUAGUGAUUAUAAUCUAUUACAAUACAGUAUACUAUAAUACCCACCUAUGUGUCUCAGACAAAAUGUAGUGAAAUGUACGUAUCUGAUUACGAUUGCAAUGAUUUGAAAACUGCACGUUUUAUUUUAAUGUAAAUUUUAAAAACAUUAGUAAAUGAGUUUGAAUUGUGUGCCAGGUUAUACCUAGUACAAAAAUGUGCCCACCCUCUCCCCCCCAAAAAAAAAGAGGGUAAACUUUUAAUAAAUUACACUUGUGUUUGAGACUGUUUUGUUGAAUGAUAAGCAAGGAAUGUAUUAAACAAGGCUGUGAAGACGAGAUAUAAUAUGUAUAAUUGUUUGCAGGUUCUUUGUAAAUACAAGGUCAAGUUUGUCAGUGCUAUACCUCAGUUUAGAUUUGAUCAAUAUUUAAUUCAAUAAUAUAAAUAACUAAAGCUAUUGUUGUAAAUGCCAAAAAGUGAACUUUGAAUGAAUAAACAUGCAUGAUUUUAUAAAAGACUUUAAAUCUGCAUAUUUUCCUUUUAUUGUUCAUCUGAGGAAGGUAGCUAUUUCUAUUAUAUUUCUGUUGAAACAUACAGGAAAGAAAAGAAAAUAUAAAGUUAUUUUGUCAAUAAAUACACAUGACAAAUUAA